AUGAUAGCACCUAUCUGCGGCCCUCUGGUUGGAGGUGCUUUUACGACUGGCUAUACCUGGCGAUGGUGCUUUUACAUCAACCUUCCUUUCGCCGCUCUGGUGGGCAUUCCUCUCCUGCUGAUGCGCAUUCCCGACCAGCUCCCUAAGCCGAAGCCAAUGUCCGUCCUGCCCAAGCUUCAUCAACACCUCGACUUGUUCGGCUUUGCCAUUCUCGCUCCUGCCAUUAUAAUGCUGCUUCUCGCUUUGCAGUAUGGCGGCAAUCAAUACGCAUGGAACUCGUCGCAGGUCAUCGGUUUGUUCUGUGGCUCUGGCGUAACAUUCAUUGUCUGGGUGAUUUGGAACCACCACAAGGGCGACGAUGCCCUCCUUCCAAUGUCCAUUAUUAGGCGAAGAACUGUAUGGAUGAGCGGCACCAACUACGCAUUCAUGAUGGCCACAGUCUUUGGAUCCACCUACUUCCUUCCCAUCUAUUACCAGGGUGUGAAGGGGGUCAGCGCCGUGCUGAGUGGUGUGUACCUAUUGCCGAUUGUCCUGCCCCAACUCGCCUCAGCAGUCAUUGGUGGUACUCUAGUAUCGAAAAUUGGCUAUGUGCCCCCUUUUGCUCUUGUGGGAGGCAGUCUGGGUGCCAUUGGCAGUGGCUUGUUCUCCCUGUUCCAGCCCGACACGCCAACUGGCGAAUGGGUCGGAUUCUCGAUCAUCACUGGUCUUGGUCGAGGCAUCGCUCUGCAAAUGCCCCUCAUGGCCAUCCAGGCAGUGGUUUCACAAGAGGAAAUGUCCCAGGCGAUGGCUUUUGCCGUUUGGUGCCAAUACAUUGGUCCCACCGUCUUCCUCACGCUAUACAACACCGUCUUCGACACUAGUCUUACGACGGAGAUACAAAAAUACGCGCCGGGCGUCAGCGCUGAGCUGGUCAUUGCUGCGGGCGCCACUCGUUUCCGCGAGGUCGUCACUCCUCAACAGCUUCCCGGUGUGUUGAAGGCGUUCUCGACGAGCUUGGAUCAUACAUUUUAUCUGCAGGCUGGAGCCGGUGUUGUGGCAUGGUUUGCUGCUUGGGGUAUGGGCUGGAAGAAGCUCCAAAAGCCCAAAGAGAAGCUGGCUGAUCCGUCUGGGGUCGCAGAGUCCAGGGCUGCGGAUAAGGAGGGCAUAGAGGACUCUGGGAAGAAGAUCACAGCGUGA